UUCAAUAGAAAUUCUUUGAGAAGUACACAAUAGUAGGAUGGAGAACCAAGUAAUAUUGCUAAACAGCUGGCAUACAUCAAAUUCGACUAUAACUCUAAGCGAUUUCCACCGGCUGGGCAUUCCCGAUGGACACAAGUACAUUCCAAAGGCGUUCGAGAUCGAGCCGCCGUACCAAAAGGACUUUCGCCUGCCUUGGACGACACUGUCCGUAGUUACCGAUACUUUUCUCUAUGCCAAGUACCAUAACCUAACGCUUACGGAUGAUGGGUCGGAUCAGGACGCCCAGAACGUUGGUCAGGCCAAUAGUCAGCUUUAUGUCUCAGACAACACUAACGCGGAACUUCAGCCAAUGGAACCUGAAGCCUUAAUGGAAUUUUCUGGUGGUGAAACUGAAUACAAUCUACCAAAGCCAUCAAUUUCAAUUCGCGCUUCUGGUGAUAAGGGUAUUCCUGGCGAAGGAAGUAAUCACUUGAAACCGCAAUCUUCAAUGGAAAACACUGGAGGUGAAAAUGGUAUCCCGAAAUACUCGACAGACAUUCCCAACGAGGAAUUGGAUCUACUGGUGCCUCAAAAUGUAAUAGAAGUUUCUAACGAUGAGGAACAUAUCGGGAACUAUUUUUUGAACAUCCGUGAUGAGGAAAACAUCGAGGAAUAUUUUUCUGAUAUCCGUGAUGGAAAAAAUAUCAGGAAUUAUUUUUCUGACUUCCGUGGUGACGAAGACUAUUCUCUGGAAUUUCAAACUUCAACCGAAGGCACUGGCGAUGAGAAGAACAUUUGCAAUCUUGACGAAGAAUACAAUCUGCGCGAGCGUGGAACUUUGACGGCUGUCCUUGGAGAUAACAAUACGACUGAUGAGGAGUAUAUCCUGAACUAUAUUUUAAGUAUCCGUGACGAAUAAAUAAAUGCUCUUAAAUUCAGAA